ACCUCCAGCACGAUGUUCAGCAUCAGGCUGCUGCUACAGAAAGCCCUCAUUCUUCUGCACGUUACUGCCAGCGUUGUUGUCGGCAAAACGCUGAUGGUGCUGUUCCCCAACGCCAUGAAAAGACACAUCCUAAAACAAGGCGAGAAGAGCAGAAUGAACCAGAACCCGAAGUUCAGCUACGAAAACUGGGGCCCGACCUUUUUCAGCUUCCAGUAUUUACUCUUCGUGCUGAAGGUGAAGUGGAAGAGGCUGGAGGACGAAGCCUGCGAGGGACAGCCUGCUCCCAACACGCCAGUGGUGACUUCCCAGGGGGACGUCCGGCUCCUCUUCGACUUCAUGCGAGGUAACCGACCUUUAAUCCUGAAUUUUGGCAGUUGCACCUGACCUUCAUUUAUGUUCAAAUUUGAUGAGUUCAACAAGCUCGUCAAAGAUUUCAGCUCAAUAGCAGAUUUCCUAAUCAUCUACAUCGAAGAAGCUCAUGCAGCAGAUGGAUGGGCUUUUAAAAACAAUAUUGUUAUUAAAAAUCACAGAAGCCUUGAAGAUCGAAAAAUUGCAGCACAAUUUCUUCAGAAAAAUAAUCCUUUAUGUCCAGUGGUUUUAGACACCAUGGAAAACCUCAGCAGUUCAAAAUAUGCUGCACUGCCCGAAAGACUGUACCUACUUCAAGAAGGGAAGGUUAUCUACAAGGGAGGAGUGGGGCCUUGGAACUAUCACCCCCAGGAAAUACGCACCAUCCUGGAAAAACUGAAAUAGAAAAAGGACUUCAGAGUAAAGACUAACUGGAUAAAAAAAAAAAAAAAAAAAAAACUCAAUGAAUAACUUUUCAUGGAUAUAACUGUUAAAAAAA